AUGCAUCAUAUUUCGACAGUUCUUGGCGGGUUAACCGUUCUGAGUGGUGCAACACUCGCCUAUGCCAGCACUCCAGUAGAAUCAUCAAAUUUCAAUGUCACCGCUGCUUUGGAAGAUUUGGGUAUCGAUGUAUCGACUAUUCCAGCAUUGAAUUCCUUCACGGGCGCCCAGGCGCGGUCGACCGAUAAGGCUUGUGCAGCUGCGUGCUCAAGCUUGAGUUUUAUCUUCGGCUCGAAAGUUGCAGCGCAAAAUACCGCUGGAUACAGUAACUUCACCGACUCUUUUUGGUCGGUUCAACAGGAAGAGGUCCAGCCUCACUGCAUCUUCCGACCCACCAAAAACACAGACGUCAGCGCUGCGGUUCUCCUGAGUCGAUUCACUGGCUGUCAAUUUGCUGCUCGGAGUGGUGGCCAUGCGGCCUUUACCGGUGCCUCCAGUAGCCCUGGCGGUAUCAGUAUCUGGUUCAAGGACAUGAAUGCUGUCACCCUCAACGACGACAAGUCCGUUGCUUCGAUCGGACCAGGAAACAACUGGCUGUCUGUCUACUCCGCCCUUGAGCCUUAUGGACUGGCUACAAUCGGAGGUCGUGCCGCCAGCAUUGGAGUUGGAGGCUUUGUUUUGGGCGGUGGUAUCUCCUACCAUUCUAACUUGUACGGAUGGAGUUGCGACAACGUUGAGAGCUUCGAGGUUGUUACUGCGACGAGACUUCCUACUCUCGAUCUUUAUUGGGCUCUUCGUGGUGGCGGCAACAUCUUUGGCCUCGUCACCAAGUACAAUCUCUAUACCAUUCCUGCCCCAACUAUGUAUGGAGGCUCCAGAACUUUCCUCGAACCAUACUUCUCACAAGCUAUCAAUGCUUUCAUUAAUGUCGCCAAUAAUGCCUCCGUGGACCCUCAUGCCCAGCAAUACAUUGCCUUCCUCAAUAACAAUGGGACCAACCUUGCCUCGGCUGAGUUGACCUAUACCCAGGAUGUCGCCGACCCACAGAUUUUCAAGCAAUACCGCAGUAUUCCCGCAAUUGCCGAUGUAUCCAGCUCCAAGACUCUGGUUGAAUAUGUCGAAUAUCUGGAAACCUCGAACCCCUUCCACCUCCGCGAGGUGUACUGGCCUGUUGCAGUAAAGCUGGACGAGAAGUUCUCUAACUGGGUCGUGAAGACUUUCUACUCAAUGAUUCCUCAGGUCGCGAAUGUUGCCGGUGCUGAGCCUGUGAUCAUUUUCCAGGCUAUUACUGAGCCCAUGCUGAAGAAGAUGAGCGACUUCGGUGGCAAUGCACUGGGCCUCGAUGCGUCAAACGGCGCCGUUGAGCUGAUGCAUAUUUCAUGUUGGUGGACGAACGAGUCCGACGACGAGACCAUUUACGCGUUCGUCAACAGCUUCUGGGAGACGGUUCUCGCCGAAGCCAAGAGUGAAGGCAUCUUCAACGAAUUCGUCUACAUGAACUAUGCCAGCAUGUACCAGGAUCCCAUCUCUGGCUACGGUGCGGCCAAUAAGGCUCAACUGAAGAAGAUUGCGAAGAAAUACGAUCCUCAGGCUGUUUACCAGACUCUUCAGCCAGGGUACUUCAAGCUUGAGGGUGCGCCUGCUUCGUUCUAG